AAAAAAACUGACUAUCUACCACUAAAUGAGAAGAUUUUCCCGUUAAAAAGUUCGCCACGAGUCCAAAAGUAACGAGCAAACAAGAGAAGCCGAGCCGACCGCAACGAGUCGAAAAAAAAUCAAUCAAUUCGUAAAUCGAUGGGGAACGGAAUGGGGGGAGAAAACGAAGACAAUCUGCGGACUACUAGAGACCCGGAGAAGGAGGAGGUAUACGACGACCCAAAAACUAUUGUUGAAGAGAGAGAGAGCGAGCGGCGAAGAGAGAGAUCACGACAAUCCAAGAGAGCACGAGACAGCGUGUCGGAUAAACCGAACGCGAGUAGAGAGACUGAGGGAAAACGACGCACAAGUCUUUGCUGCUGAUGCUAUUGGCGGCGGCGGUCGGGGGGCAGUCGGGCGACACCGACCAACCGACGGUCAUAUAGACACACAUUGACGCGGGGAAGAGGAGAAGCGAGGGAUGGAGAGACACGAUGAAGAAGAAGAAGACACGUCGGAAAUCGAUCAAGUAGCCGCCAGCAGCAGUAG